AUGGCGAAUAAUCUGAAAUUCGUACAGAUCAAUUUGCGUAGGUCCAGGGCUGCGACGGGGGCUUUGUCAAAUCUAAUGGCAAAAUAUAAUAUGGAUGUAGCUCUGAUUCAAGAACCGUGGACGGUGAAUGAUAAAGUCAAGGGUUUAGGUAUGACUGGUACUGUUUUGAAUAGGUGUCCGAGUGGAAGGCCAAGAUCGUGCAUAGUACACACUAGUAGAAUCAAGCCAGUAUUGUUGUCACAAUUCAGUGGUAAAGACAUUACAGCGGUAAUUUUGGAGAGAAAUAAUAAUAAUUCUCGCUUGUCGAAAGUAGUAGUGGUUUCUUUAUAUAUGCCAUAUGAUGAAAGGGAUCCGAUAACAGUAUUACUAGACCUGCUGGUUGAUUGGUGUGCUCGACAAGGAGCGAGUAUGAUAAUAGGCGCUGAUGCGAAUGCUUGUCAUGUUUCAUGGGGGAGCUCGGUUACCAACGAUAGAGGUGUGAAAUUAAUGGAUUUUAUCAAUAAUAACGGCCUGAUCUGGUUGAACGAGGGAUCGACACCGACGUUUUCAAUGUCGGUGAGGGAGGAGGUGCUAGACGUGACGAUGGUAUCGAUGGAGAUUCGGUCUGCUCUCAGUAGUUGGAGAGUAUUGGAUGACCCGUCGUUGUCAGACCAUACGUUCAUCUCGUUCGUUCUGAAAGUCAGAGGCAUUCAAGCGAGUAGGAUUGUAAGUGAAAAGAAAUCGCUGAACGUGGAGCGAUUCAUGGAAAGUUUAGGAAACAAACUGACCGAUUCUCCUAGGGUGUAUGGUACCCCAGAUGAGAUUGAUGCGUACAUGGAAUUCAUUACUACGGCAAUAGUUGAGGCGGCCAGUGGGCCACUGACCCGAAAGUUGAAGGGUUAUCACAGUAAACUUCCUUGGUGGAACCUGAACUUACAACAAUUGAAUGAGAAAAGUAAGAGAUUAAGAAAGAAGGCCCGAAGAACAAAGAGAAUGAGUGACAAACGGAAAGCGCGUACAGCUGACCUGAAACUAGACAGAGAGAUACGGAAAGCAAAAAAGAAAUCGUGGAGAGAGUUUUGCAAAGGAUUGAAUAAGAUGCAAGACAUUGCUAGGAUAAACAAGAUCUUGGAAAGGGUGGAGCAGAACAAUUUAGGGUUGUUAAAAAGGGAAAAUGGCACCCUGACCAAUAAUAUUAAGGAAACGUUGGAACUUCUUAUCUCAGAACAUUUCCCAGGAGCGAUGAAUGAUUCGAACGAAGCCCUGACAAUGGGCGCUGCGUCAGAGGACGUCCUCUCUUCACGCGGCGCCAGACCUGAUUGGAGUUUGGCGUCAAAGAUAAUAUCAGAGGAAAAAAUCAGCUGGGCGAUUGGUACGUUCCUUCCGUAUAAAACACCAGGUCCUGAUGGGAUUCUACCCAAAUACCUGAAGGUUCGGACGAUCGUUAAUCUCGUCGCACUUGGCCAAGGUGAUGAGGGCAAGCCUAGUAAUUGGUCACGUGCCGGAUAUCUGGAGAAGAACGAAAAUAACGUUUAUACCAAAGCCUGGCAAGACAGACUACGCUACACCUAA